CCAGGCCCGGGGCUGCCUCCUCGGGCCGCGCCGGGGCCGCCCCGCACUGCGCAUGAGCGGGAGCCCGGCGAGCCCGUGAGAGGAGCCGCCGCCGCCGCCGCCGUCCAUUCGCUGCGGAGCCGGAGGAGGAGGGGAGAGGCCUGGAGGACACCAACAUGAACAAGUUGAAAUCAUCGCAGAAGGAUAAAGUUCGUCAGUUUAUGAUCUUCACACAAUCUAGUGAGAAAACAGCAGUAAGUUGCCUGUCUCAAAAUGACUGGAAGUUAGAUGUUGCAACAGACAAUUUUUUCCAAAAUCCUGAACUUUAUAUACGAGAGAGUAUAAAAGGAUCAUUGGACAGGAAGAAGUUAGAACAACUAUACAAUAGAUACAAAGAUCCUCAAGAUGAAAAUAAAAUUGGAAUAGAUGGUAUACAGCAGUUCUGUGAUGAUCUGGCACUCGAUCCAGCCAGCAUUAGUGUGUUGAUCAUUGCGUGGAAGUUCAGAGCAGCAACACAGUGUGAGUUCUCCAAACAAGAGUUCAUGGACGGCAUGACAGAAUUAGGAUGUGACAGCAUAGAAAAACUAAAGGCCCAGAUACCCAAGAUGGAACAAGAAUUGAAAGAACCAGGACGAUUUAAGGAUUUUUACCAGUUUACUUUUAAUUUUGCAAAGAAUCCAGGACAAAAAGGAUUAGAUCUAGAAAUGGCCAUUGCCUACUGGAAUUUAGUGCUUAAUGGAAGAUUUAAAUUCUUAGACUUAUGGAAUAAAUUUUUGUUGGAACAUCAUAAACGAUCAAUACCAAAAGAUACUUGGAAUCUUCUUUUAGACUUCAGUACAAUGAUUGCAGAUGACAUGUCUAAUUACGAUGAAGAAGGAGCAUGGCCUGUUCUUAUUGAUGACUUUGUGGAAUUUGCACGCCCUCAAAUUGCUGGGACAAAAAGUACAACAGUGUAGCACUAAAAGAACCUUCUAGAAUGUACAUAGUCUGUACAAUAAAUACAACGGAAAAUUGCACAGUCAAUUUCUGCUGGCUGGACUGAACUGAAGAUCAAUCCUCGUAAUUCAGACUGAGGGUUGAGACAAAACUUUAAGGAUACAUCUUGGACCAUACCAUAUUUCAUUCUUCUAAUGGUGGUUUGGGCUUGUCUUCUAGUCUGGGCCGCUCUAACCAUUUAUAAUUCCAACAUUGUGGAUUUCAUCUUAUUUCUGUGGACCAUCCUAGUUUAUCCUCCCAUAAGUCUUAGAAGCUUUAUGGUGAUUAUUUUGAGGUUUUCCACUCUUGGCAUAAAGCACAAUGCUGUCUUCAUCAGAAAACAGUUUGGCAUAAGAAUUAAACAUGAACAUCACAAACAAUUUAUAAAAACUUCUUAAAUAUAUGCUUUGGGCUAGUUGCAAAGACUAUGCUAAUAGCACUUCCAAUGAGAGUGAUAUAUUUAAGUGUACUGGAUCUGGAAUGGUGUUUUGGUUUGGGGGAAUUUUUUUUUUUUGCGGGAGAAUCACAUGUAUUGUUGACAUGAGUAGAGAAUCUGAUGAAAAAAAUGUCAAAAUAACCAACGUGAAAAUUUUUAGAAUAACUUCAUGUGCCUCCCUGAAAAUUUUACUGUGUUUCAGACCCUUGAUUUCAAAAGGUCCCACAGAACUAGUCUGUAUUUUUCUUACCCUAUGUUUAUAUAUAGUUGUCCUACAGGGAGCUGUUACUUAGAAAAUGUCUGCAUAAUGUUAGAUUCUAUUCCUGUCUGCAUUAUGCACUACAUAAUUGGAUUUCAUUAUGAUUUUGAAAUGCUUAUAUGCCUGUUGAAUAAGUUAAACUAUUUAAUUUGUUUUGAAUGUUUUAGAUUGCUACACAAUACAAUAUUCUAAAUUUAGGCAUGAAGGUUUAUUUUGGGGGCUUUUUUUUAGCACACUAUGGAACACAAAUGAAAUUCUCUUAAUUUAUAAGAAGAUAGUAGGAAUUAAAUUUUGAAAAUGGUCAUGGUGAACCAUGAAGUUCAAUCCUUAUAGGUACUGGUCUUUCAGACAAAUAGUCCAUUUUUGAUGACUUCUUAUUUUGUUGAAAUUGCUUUAAUUGCUAAUCACUGUGGUUGCCAAAUACUUCAGGAGCAGAGAUUUUCAAGCAAGCAUGUACUUGAUACAAAAUACCAAUCUGGCUUCUAUUUUUCGUAAAUUAUUCAGUUUCUUUAUUGUUUUUGUUUCACCCAAAUAGGACAUUUUCACAUCAAAGCAGGAUUCUAUCUUGUAUGUAUUAUUUUCAUUACAAGACCUAUAAACUGCUUUUAUGCUGAAAAUGCUGAUUUCCCUGUUUGCUUCCUGACAUGUGAAGGAGGGUUUAUUGCUUUUUAAAACAUUUCUGUAAGGUAGGUAAAAAAAAAUGUAAAACUUCAAAUAUUGGAUGUGUAUGGGCUUUAACAGGAAUAGAUUUUGCUUGGUGUAUUCAGGCGCUCUUUAAGGUCUACCACUGAAAUUAUCAAAGGAAUGUACUUCAGAUUAGCAGUAUGCUUUAGAUGUGGAAAUGAUUUUAAAAACAAUGACAUAUUAAAAUUACUUUUAUUUACAUGAUUUUGAAAUUGACUAGAAAGGCUUUCCAUAGAUCUCCUAUUAAUAUUCCAAUCAAAAAUUCAAUUCAAGAAUACUGUUCUUCCAAAAGAAAAUUUUGAAAACUUCUAUUCAGGUGACUGGAAUUAGUUAUUUUUUAAAAAAAAAAAGGGAAGAAAGAAGAAUCCUGCUGCUUUUCUUUCAAGUAUUUUCUGAUUUCGUAUUUGUUAAUAUAAAGAGGAACUUCAAUUAUGAAAAAUUUUAAAAUAUGUAUGUACUAUUUUGUUUUCUGUCUUGAAGAUUUUGAGUUACGGUAUUGUUUUCAGAUUAAUUCAAGUAUGCUGUGUUUUGAAAUGAGAUUCCCAUUAACUUUUUCCCCCCAAUAUAAAUUAUUUUUCAUAAAAGUCUGAUAUUGGUUCAUGGCCUAGUGCCUUGGGUUUUACAGACUUUUCCUUUUAAAUGCAAGACCUUUCAACAAAAUAGUAUUUGUCAUCAGUUUGGUACUAAACAUUUAUAAUUACUGUGUAAUUAUAAACAAAAAUACAUAAAUCUUUGAAUAUAAUUAUGUAGUAUAAAAGCUAAGGUUGUUCGCUCUAUGAUAGCAUCUUAGAAUUAAACAAUACUAUUACUAGGGCUGAAAAGUGAAGACUGGUUUAAUGAGGUAUGAUUACUCUGAGGAUAAAUGUCUGGUUACAGGGAAUAUUCUGUACUAAAAAUGCUUACACAAGUGGCCACGUGUGUGUGUGUGUGAAAGCGUGUCUGUGUGUGUGAGAGAGGCUGAAAGAGACACACGCUCACAGGCACACAACUUGAAUUGCUUUAAUACAUUAGUGUUUCAGUCUUCAUUCUGGUGAACUCCCCAUGCUGAUUCUUUGUUUCAAACUGAACCGCAGGUACAGUUUCCUUUUUGCCAAAUGUCAAAACAGGUACACAUUUUAAAAUGUAAUGCUUUUUAAAUAGUAAAGUGUAUAAAAUUAGAAGUGCCCACAUAUAAAAAUACUUGAGAUCAAGAUUAUCUUUAGUGACUAUCAUCUGCAUAUCUCUGUAAGUUCAAUUGUGUUUCUUCCAAUCCCUGUCAUAUUACCAACAGAGGCAAUAAAAACUUCAGUGAAAUUGCCAUGA